AUGAGCAACAAGAAACCACCUUCAACUAACGGAAUGCAAAAAGACCCCGUCGACGGUCUGAAGCAAGCUUUUGCAAAGUUAUCUGAAGAAGUGAAACAUCUUGGAAUGGUUCUCGGCGUUAAUGAUGAAGCCGCUACGGUAGCGUCUCCCGCCAAAGAAGCAAAAAGCCAGUCUGAAAAAAGUGAUAAUAAAAAGCACGAGGAAUUGACACAAGAGGAGAAAAAAGCUCAAAGAGCCGCAAAAGCAGCGGAAAAGAAGAAAAGAGCCGAGCAAGCGGCAGCGAAAAAAGCGGCAGAUUCUCAAAAACCAGCAAAAGAAGCUCCAAAGCAGCAAAAACCUCAGAAAAAUGCUCCCAAAAAGGAAGAAAAUGUGAAUGAAAAUUUUGCGGAAGUAGAGAAAGUCGUGAACGGCGUAGCGAACUUGAAAAUCGACUCAACACCUCCUAAAAGCGAACCAAAAGCUAAUGUCAAAUCUGCGUUGAAGCAAAAAAAUAAUGUAAAAGGCGGUCCUUCGAGAGAAGUUCAAUUCGAUCUCUUAUCAAAUACUUCAGCAAGGUUGUCUGAUUCUGAAGAAAACCUAGUGGUAGCUAUUCCAGAAGCACCAGUUGCGCAACUUGGCGAUGCUUCCGCCAUCUCCCAUAUUCAUCCAGCAUUUCUAACAUUAUUUGCCCGGUGUGAUCGCGAGCUGAUCGUUGAUUUAGAUCAAUUAUGCCAAGAGUUUAUUCAAACGUUUCGAGAGUUCCUUGCUGACUUCGGAGCCUCUCGUGUCGCUGAAAAAGCGGAUCCGAGCACAUUCGGCAACGAUUUAGGCCAAUCAAUGAGACCCCAAAUCGGUUAUUUGACACAAAACGGUGCUCGACAUUUGCCGUAUGCACUCGGCAAUAUUGUGCGCCAAUUAAAACGGGUUAUUGCGAAAAUGGAUGGGUCAUAUUAUAAAAUUGGCUCGCAAAGCGAUGUCAAUAUUCAGCAAAUGGAAGAAAUUGAUGAUUGGCUUCAGGAAGCGGCGAGGAUAAAUUUCGAGCCAGCUUACCAGGCAAUUGCCUACUACUUGAGUCCAAAAAUUAAAAAUGCGGAAGGCGUUUUGACGUAUGAUUGGUGUCCCGCAGUGAAUUUCGUUCUUCAUAAAUCCAUUGAAUCCUAUCCGGAUUUGCGAAUUUGCUUCGUCGACGCGGAAUUGAAUGGACGAGGUGUCCGGCACGUCAACAGCUUUGUGGAUAAAGGCUAUAGAUGUCAGUACACUGAUCUGAAAUCGAUUGGUUAUGCUGUAUCACAGUGCUCGAUGGUGAUACUCGGCUGCUCAGCGAUUCUGUCAAACGGAUGUGUGGCGACGAGUCGCGGCUCGAUUCAAGUGGCGCUCGCCGCCAAAGCGUUCAACGUGCCGGUUCUCGUCAUCUCGCAAUCGUUCAAAUUUGUCGACAAGGUUCAAUCUUAUCCGAAAAUGGCCCUUUUGGAUCGCGAGAAUAUUGAGCUCGUUCCGUCAACUCUUGUCACCGCCGUCGUCACAGAUAUCCGGAUUUUGCCGCCCACUGCAGCUUCUGCUGUCUUAAAAGCUAAAGCACUUGACGUUGAUAAUUAA